AUGAAGGGGGAAGUGGUAUAGCGGUGCCGCCGUCGGCCGCCCGGUCUUUAUCUCGCGCAAUUGGCGCCAAAAAAACAUAACCGCCGAAUAGCCGUCAUCAGUCGCCUCCGACAGCCACUUAACCUAGUCCGCUAGACGUAACGCUAAUACGCAUUUGCGUUUUAUCGUCUAACACCAGUCUGGAUGGUUAGACGUCGCCCGUCGGUGAAAACUCUUUAGUGUUUUUUUCAGUUUUUGAUUUUUCGUCGGUGUCGUUGAGUUUUAUCGUUACACAGUGUUCUCACACCCACCGUCUUCACAUUUUCUUUUUGUGCCCAACGCAAUAGAUUAUCUCGAUCGGCCAGACCAAAGCACAUGGUUUUGAUCGAAAGCUCGUCGAGACUGACUUACCAUAACUUUAUAAUAUAAGAGUGUCGGAUACGUUAAGUUAUCCAUACGGUACCGGUUCGCCAAUCACUAUCAUCAACGGGAUCAGCAGCGAAUUAUAUUGUUAAAUAUAAUUGUAUCGACGUUCAACAUGUUUUUCCCAGCAGUAAAGAGGUCUGAAAAGGAAAUUGAAAAGUUGAGUGAAUACGAACGCCAGAGACUUAAGAACAUAGCAGAGAUAGAACUUCAGUUAGCCGACCCAUUGGACAUCAUACAACAGUCAGCUAAUCAGUUGAAAAAGUCUAACAUUAGUGCAAAACAACGUGCUAAAAGCAAAAAGAGCAAACUCAAUUCUGAAACUGGUGAAAAAACAUCUAAUCGUGUCAAUUUUGUCAGACGUUCAUCGCGUAUUAUUCAAGAAAAAAGGCAAUCAACAAAUUAUAAUGAACAAAGUGAUGAUGAAAACGACAAGAAUGACACAAAAAAACUCAAAAAUGGAUCAUUAAAAAUAAAAUUUCGUUGGUUUAAAUCAAGCGAAUAUAAAAAAUCGGACGAGAUGUACUAUAAUUCACUUGAUGAUAGCGAUUUUAUUCAUGACGGUGAUGAAGAAUAUGAAUCUGACUAUGAGUCAUCUGCACCUGGAUCAAAAAGAAAACGUAAAGUAUAUACACCUCGGUUGGCUGUUUCUCAAGUAACACAAGAAAUGAUAGAAAAUAUUUCAUACUCUUCAUCAGGAAAAGUAUAUAGUCAAUCUGGUACAACUUGUCACCAAUGCAGGCAAAAAACUGCAGACCAAAAAUCUUAUUGUCGAUACAAGGGAUGUAGUGGUGUGAGGGGAAAUUUUUGUGGAUUUUGUUUGGGAAGAAGAUAUGGCGAAAAUGUUGCAAGUGUUUUAGUUAAUCCGAAAUGGGCCUGUCCACCUUGUCGUGGAUAUUGUAACUGUAGCAUUUGUAGACGCAGAAAAGGAAUGGCUCCAACUGGCCAAUUGGCACAACAAGCUGUGGCAGGAGGAUAUGAGUCUGUUCGACAUAUGUUAAGCAGUAUUGAGGGUGAGGGUCCAGAUGUUGCGGACUUUGAAUUUGAUGAUGAAGAUAAUAAUCAGAAUGAAGCAGAAAAUAACCGGAAUGAAGCAGAUAAAAAUAAUGAUACUAAAGUUUGCUAUAGCAAUGAAGAAAACAAUCUUGAAAUUCAAGAUGAUAACGACAAUGUGUCAGAUGAAGUUAAAUGCAUUGACAGUAAUGAGCAAUGCAACUCAGACAAUCAUGAAGAUGAAUGUGUAACUGAGAUUAAAGAAACACAUGAAAUGAUUAUUGACAAACUUUAUAAGCAACUAUUAUCAGAAGAUUAAACAGCUAAGACAUUAAAACAUUAAAAACAGAGGAUAAUGAAAAAAAAAAUACGAAAUAAUAAUUAUCAUAUUUAAUUAAAAAGUAUUUAUUUGCAGCAGUAUUAUUAAUUUAAUUUUUGUUUAUUUUCAACACUAUUUAUUAUUCUUUAAUUUUUUUGUAGUUAUCUUGUGAAUUGCUAUGUUUAGACUUAAUUAAUGUUAAUUGUCAAGUCAAUAUCCUUCUUUUAUGAUUAAUUAUUAAUGGUACAACAAAGAAAACUGGGUGUUCAAUUGAAUUAUUAUUUAUUUACGAAAAUAAACUGAUGAAACUAUUAUUUUUUAAGAAAUAGUAAAUUAAAAUUAUUAACUAAUAAGAUUUAUUUUUAUUUUUUUGGUGUGCUACAAUUAAUUGAUGAUAAUGUAAUUUUCAUACAAUGUACUAAACUAAUUAUUAUUUUACUAUUAAUUCCAAAUUUAUUUAAUGUGUUUAAUUUGUCUAUUGCCAUAUAUUCUAUUUUUAACUGUACAUUUUGACAACACUAUAAACAUUUGUUGAAUCGCAUCAUUUUACUGGCAAUAAAUCUUAAUAUUAAUUUAAAAUUACAUUAAAAUAUAAGAAAAAUUUUUUUUCUAA